AGACUGCCCAGUUCUUCCGGUAACUUUAGAGCGGCCUGCCGGUCACCUCCCUCUUGCCCUUGGCUUCGCGCAUGCCCAGAGAGAGUGGCGGGAGUCCGUUUUCCGGCCAGAGGACAUGAUGCAGGGGGAGGCACACCCUAGUGCUUCCCUUAUUGACAGAACCAUCAAGAUGAGAAAAGAAACAGAGGCUAGAAAAGUGGUCUUAGCCUGGGGACUUCUAAAUGUAUCUAUGGCUGGAAUGAUAUAUACUGAAAUGACUGGAAAAUUGAUUAGUUCAUAUUACAAUGUGACAUACUGGCCCCUCUGGUAUAUUGAGCUUGCUCUUGCAUCUCUCUUCAGCCUUAAUGCCUUAUUUGAUUUUUGGAGAUAUUUCAAAUAUACUGUGGCACCAACAAGUCUGGUUGUUAGUCCUGGACAGCAAACGCUUUUAGGGUUGAAAACAGCUGUUGUACAGACUACUCCUCCACAUGAUCUGGCAGCAACCCAAAUCCCUCCUGCUCCACCUUCCCCUUCAAUUCAGGGUCAGAGUGUGUUGAGUUAUAGCCCAUCUCGUUCACCCAGUACCAGUCCCAAGUUCACCACCAGCUGUAUGACUGGUUACAGUCCUCAGCUGCAAGGUCUGUCCUCAGGUGGCAGUGGUUCUUAUAGCCCUGGAGUGACCUACUCGCCUGUCAGUGGUUAUAAUAAGUUGGUGAGCUUUAGCCCCUCUCCUCCUUCUCCAUACCCUACCACUGUUGGACCAGUAGAGAGCAGUGGAUUGAGAUCUCGCUACCGUUCUUCACCUACCGUCUACAACUCACCUACUGACAAAGAAGACUACAUGACCGACCUACGGACUUUGGAUACUUUUCUUAGAAGUGAAGAGGAGAAACAGCAUAGGGUUAAGCUGGGGAGCCCAGAUUCUACCUCUCCUUCCAGCAGUCCUACUUUCUGGAACUACAGUCGUUCUGUGGGGGAUUAUGCACAAACUUUAAAGAAGUUUCAGUAUCAGCUUGCCUGUAGGUCUCAGGCCCCAUGUGCUAACAAAGAUGAAGCCGAUCUCAGCUCUAAACAAGCUGCAGAAGAGGUUUGGGCAAGAGUGGCUAUGAAUAGACAACUUCUUGAUCAUAUGGAUUCAUGGACAGCUAAAUUUAGAAAUUGGAUCAAUGAGACAAUAUUAGUGCCACUUGUUCAAGAGAUUGAGUCUGUCAGCACACAGAUGAGACGAAUGGGUUGUCCAGAGCUACAGAUAGGAGAAGCUAGUAUUACUAGCUUGAAACAAGCCGCCCUGGUUAAAGCCCCUCUCAUUCCGACUUUGAACACAAUUGUUCAGUAUCUAGACCUUACUCCAAAUCAGGAAUACUUGUUUGAAAGGAUCAAAGAACUCUCUCAGGGAGGUUGUAUGAGCUCAUUUCGAUGGAACAGAGGUGGUGACUUCAAAGGACGAAAGUGGGAUACAGACCUGCCCACCGAUUCUGCUAUCAUCAUGCAUGUAUUUUGCACCUACCUUGACUCCAGAUUACCUCCACAUCCGAAGUAUCCCGACGGAAAAACUUUUACUUCUCAGCACUUUGUUCAGACACCAAAUAAACCAGAUGUUACGAAUGAGAAUGUUUUUUGCAUUUAUCAGAGUGCCAUCAACCCUCCCCAUUAUGAGCUCAUCUACCAGCGUCAUGUAUACAACCUGCCAAAGGGCAGAAAUAAUAUGUUUCAUACAUUGUUGAUGUUUCUCUACGUCAUAAAGACCAAAGAGUCAGGAAUGCUUGGGAGAGUUAAUCUUGGUCUAUCUGGUGUGAAUAUAUUGUGGAUCUUUGGCGAGUAGCAGGUCAUAUAUUUAAUUCCAGACAUUUGGACUUUUAUUUCACUGAACCAGAAGUCGAAACUAAACAUCUGAGCCACGGACUCUUCUGAAAUAAAAUACACAUGUGUGUAUGUUACAGACUCUUUAGAUUUAAAGAAAAAGGUAGCAGUUAUGAAAUGUCAUUGUAAAAAUAUGUCCUGUAUCUUCUAUAUCAAGAGACAUUACCUUUAAUUUUAUAUUGCUUUUCAGAAAUUUCAGGUGACUAUAAAACUGCAACCCUUCAGAUUUUUAUUGACUCAAAACAGUGCCAUUACCCUUAAUGAAAUAGAUUGUGAGUCUUUUUUUUUUUCAUUAUAACCCCCAAAUGAGAAUCAUCUAUCUGAUCCUUCUGCCA